AUGUCACCAUAUCGUUUGGUUUUUGGGAAAGCUUGCCAUUUGCUCGUUGAGUUGGAGCAUAAGGCAUAUUGGGCCAAUAAGAAACUGAAUAUGGAUCUCCAAGCUACUGGAGAAGCUCGAAAGUUGCAGGUAAAUGAGCUAGAAGAGAUGAGGUUGUUCUCCUAUGAAAAUGCUAAGUUGUACAAGGAGAAAACUAAGAGGUGGCAUGAUCAGAAAAUUCAAGCUCGGGUUUUUGAGAAGGGGCAGAAAGUAUUGCUUUUCAACUCGCGCUUGAAGUUAUUUCCUGGCAAGUUAAAGUCCCGCUGGUCUGGCCCAUUCACAGUGGUGCAAGUUUACCCCUUUGGGGCUAUUGAAGUUCGCAAAGAUCAAUCCGGAAGGGAGUUCAAAGUGAAUGGGCAGCGGCUGAAACAUUAUUUGGGAGGAGUUAAGAAAGCAAGAAACAAGGUGUUUGGAAGUGAGUUGAAGUCUGAAGGUUUUGCGAAAUUUUUACUGCAGCAAAAUGGCAGCAAGUAUUUCUAA